AUGGCUGAAUCGGUUCAUGUUGAUUGCUCGGCGCCACCGGGGCCUUAUGAACCUGACAACGACAUUAGCGGGGCCGGAAUUGUCGUUAGCUAUAUUUCGACCGCAGCACUUGCUGUUCUUAUCAUAAUCGUAUAUUAUCUCACCGUCUACGACCCUUGGGUGGAUCCAUUUGAAAAUGCAGACCCAGACGCAGCCCAGGAAGGUCUCAUGUGGGAUCAGAUUAACCCGUUGGACGACUUUAUACUGGGGUUGUUACGAUCGGGGCCGGCAUAUAUUUCAAAACGGGUCUUGGACUCACGCAAACUUUUGUCGCCCCGUGCUAGAUCUCGGCUUGAGAGAGUCCUAAUAAAGUGCCUUUUGGUUAUGAGUGACCUGCAAAUCGUCACCGGCUUUGCAAUCCUUCUCAGUGGAUUUACACAACUUGAAAGUGGCCUGGAAGCCUUGAAAUGGCGCACUAUUCUGGACCUAGCAUGGUUCUCCUGUCUGACACAUCUUUCAUGUCUGACAAUGUUACGACGACAUCUUCAUCAGCAUGCCAUUGAGCGCGUAUGGAGAUUGGUCGCGAUGGGUGUACUUGCGGCAUUGCUAGCUGCUGGACUGAUACCUACGGCUAAUCCCAAAUGGGUUUUGCUUUCUGAGGAUACCAAAGCUACCCCCGCCAUUUGCAUCCUCGGCUGCUAUCUGACUCCUGGACCAGACAAGGAAUGGGCAGAAACCACGGUAUUUCAUGCUGAUCGGGAUGACUGGGAUCCGUCACAAUGGUUCUGGCCACCGAUAGUAUCCGCAAUCUUUGUCGUGGUUGCGUUUGUCUCUCGAGUUGUGAGAUUACAUAGGUCUCUCUCCUUGGGUGUUAACCGAGCUACUAGAUGGCUUGAUGACCAGCUGCAGAGACUUCUCUGGCUUCUUUUCAGAAACUUCUGUAAGGAAGGAGAGAUUUACAGCUUUAAACGUUCACUCGCAUACCGGCCUGUUUUUGGUAUGGUGAUGAUUUGGCGUUUCAUGUUGGUCUCAUGUGCUUCAUUCGCCCUCGAGGCAACCUGGGUCCUCAUUGCUUUCAUCUGGGGUAUCUGGCGCCUGAUGCUAGACUUGUCUCCUGGCAACUCUAUAAUACCCCUGGAUUUCGGCAAGCAAGCAUGGUCGUUUGGCCAAAUCGUCCCCGUAUUGAUGUUGGCGGCACCCCUCAUCAGCAUUGCUGAAACAUUUAAAGAACACCCAGGCGAGGAGACUUCGGUGCCCCGGGAGUUAUCGGACGGCCAUCUAUCAUCUCGACUCCCUUUGAGUUCUGCCGGAUAUAGUACAUCUGAGGACCCCGAAAGGCCAGACUCUGGCUGGGCCUCUCACUCUAGUUGUCUUGGAACAGCAACUACAUACAUCUGCGUGACGUGUAUUUACAUGGGCGUGUUUGUUUUCGCCAGGUCUUCAGAGGGCACGGCCCCUUUGAACACAAUUCGUCAAUUGGGCAUGCUUAUCGCGGUGGCCAUUUACUACUUUUAUUGCAUAGUGCUUUCAUACACAGAUCCAUUGGAUGGAGCAAGCGUUGAUACCCGGAACUAG